AGACCAUCCAAAUCCAGUCCAGGAAAUUACAAAAUUACAUGCACAUCCACACUGCCAUUGCCUGCUUCAUCAAAGAGGGACCAAUAUCGUUGAUCCCCCACUUUAACCAGCGAUAUCAAUGCUCAAUUGGCCAGUGAACCAAAAACUCAGGCUAAGACCCCCCUCCCCCAAGGAUCCUCCAACACCGCAUCCGGGCUUAGCACCGCCCGCCGGAUCGAAUCAGUACGGGCACAAAGACCACUACAGCAGGAUUCCAUGUUUUCAGAGGUCGAGUCUGCUCAAUGAGCACUGGUUUUCAGACUUCCGACCGGGUCCUAAGGGGAGUCUGCGGGGCACGCUCUCAAGCCUUCAUUCGAUCGCAACCGGCUUGCGGGGCUGUCGAGGGCCCACUCCGGCAGGUCGUGGCGUACGGAUUUGACGUGCGGGCGCAACCCAUUUGGGGCUACGUAUGUGAGAUACGUUAUGAUUCAAGGAUUUUGAUUUUUUUUUCUUUUUCAUCAGGGAACUUCCUUGGGUCGUAUGCAAGGCUGAGGGUGUGAGAUCGUGUUGGAUCUCGGACUGGCCGUGAACCGUAUAACCAUCCGAACUUGGAUCUUUUUGUUCGAGGCAUUGCAGUGUGCACGAGACUGCUGCAGACUGCAGGGAGAACUUUAUAUCCGAUAGACCCAUACAGAUUCACGAGCAUGGAGUCAGACUCGCAGACUCACAGACUCAUGGCUGAGUCUUUCUAGACGAGUCAGAUGCACGGGGAUUUGAUUCCUUUCCAGGGCCGAUGCUGUCCGCUUGUGGGGUUUGGGGGGCGGCGUAUUUAGUCUUCGCCUCUUGGCUUGACUAGGCUUUCCUGGGCUGGUGGCUUGUCCCCUUCGUAGUCACUGCGUACCUUCCCCCCUGGACAUUCAACCAGCGGCACCAUCCAGCGUUCCCAAAGUUUCCACUCCCAAGACUCCGUGGCUUGAAUAGGAUCGCCUAUUGCGGCUGACGUGCUACCCUUCAUCACGUCACGUCCUCAGAUCGACGAGAUUUUUCCAUUCCGGCUUUAGAGAGUGGGGUUUCCCAGUCUACAUACAAGAUCCAUGAAUACAGAAUACCCCCCCAUAAGAAAAAAAUUACCGCCACGCUACGAUCGCAACGGUACGUACAGUAGGCCAGGUAUAGCUGAAUACCAGGAUACCAAAUCUGGCCCUUCUUGGCCUUCUGUCUCUUGAUUUUUUCCUCUUUUUCCAUUUUUUAAUAAUUGCGAUUCCUGGUUCGCUUUCUUCUCUUCGUCUCUUCUUUUUUUUCCUUUGAUCUUUCUGCCCAUGUGUCGAGACUGAAGUUGAACUUCCCCCCCAGUUCAACCAUCACGAUCCUGCAGUCUAUCCCCCGGGUCUCUUUGUAUAUCCAGAAAAGAAAAAGAAAAGAGCAUCUCCCCCUACGCAACUUCGGUACCUUGAUUACCCAGUCCACCGUCGACAUUCCAACGCAACUAUACCCUCAUCCACGACGGACAGUUUUAUGUAUCCGAAGGGCUUCGGUACCGUUUCCCUGUUCGACUCCGCCGAGUACCGUCAACAGCGGCUCGCCCGCUCGUUAAGCUUAAAAUGGCUCGGCCAGAAGACACCGCAGCAAUGGACACUCAUGAGGGGGACAGCGAUCGCUCCAAUGAUUUGAAUGAUAAGCUGGAUCGCAAUCAGAAGCUGAAGGACCUUGAGGAGGGUGAUGGUCAGGGCCGCCGUUUGUCGCAUCAUCAUGUUACGGCGGUCGACUCGUCGUCUACGAGUGAGAGUGUCGGUCGUCAGAUUGAGAUGGAGUCGGAAAAUACAAUCAAGUAUCGGACGUGUAGUUGGCAAAAGACUGCCGCCCUGCUCUUCUCCGAGUACAUUUGUCUGGCUAUCAUGUCAUUCCCCUGGUCGUACUCUAUCUUGGGUCUUGUGCCCGGUCUGAUCUGUACUAUUGUGAUUGCGGCCAUCGUGCUUUAUACCUCGUUGAUUGUCUGGCGAUUCUGUCUGCGCCACCCUGAGAUCCGCGAUGUGUGCGAUCUUGGCCAGUAUCUCUUUUGGGAUUCCAAAAUUGCCUGGUGGGCCACUGCAGUGAUGUUCCUACUGAACAACACCUUCAUCAUGGGCCUGCAUUGCGUAGUCGGUGCCGAAUACUUGAACACCAUGUCCGGUGGUGCAGUUUGCACAGUUAUCUUCUCCCUCAUUGUUGCAAUUAUCUCGUUCUUCUUCUCUCUGCCUCGCACAUUCAGCGCUCUGUCCCGAGUGGCCACUUUUUCCGCCUUUUUCACCUUCAUCUCCGUCCUUCUAGCGACCAUCUUUGCCGCCAUUGAAGAUCAUCCCGCCGGGUACCCCCAGAAGGGAAAUCCCAUCGUCCUCGCGAUCCCCGCCAAAGGCACGACGUUUAUUUCCGGCAUGAGUGCAUUCUUGAAUAUCAGCUACACUUUCAUCGGUCAGAUUACCCUGCCCAGCUUCAUUGCCGAGAUGAAGGAGCCACGCGAUUUCUGGAAGUCCGUCACUGCCGUGACCAUUGCCGAGGUGAUCGUCUUCAGUUUGGUCGGAUCAAUCGUGUAUGCCUAUACGGGUACCCAAUACGUGACCGCUCCCGCCUUUGGCUCCCUCUCGAACGAAGUCUACAAGAAGGUCUCCUUCUCCUUCAUGAUCCCGACCAUCAUUUUCCUAGGCGUGCUGUAUGCCUCCGUAUCGGCGCGUUUCAUUUUCUUCCGUCUGUUCGAUGGAACCCGCCACAAGGGUAACAAUACCGUCGUGGGCUGGGCUGCUUGGGCGGGUAUCCUGGUCGUCCUGUGGAUUAUGGCCUGGAUCAUCGCCGAGGUUAUCCCCUUCUUCUCGGACUUGUUGUCGAUUAUGAGUUCCCUGUUUGAUUCCUUCUUUGGUUUCAUCUUCUGGGGUGUGGCGUAUAUUCGCAUGCGCGCUGCUGAUCACGGGCCGGACUUUUAUAAGACUCGUGGUCUGCGCGGGUGGUGUGGUUUCAUCUUUAAUGUCUUUUUGAUUUUCGUGGGCUUUUUCUUCUUGGGACCUGGUACAUAUGCCUCCGUCAUGUCUGUGGUCCAAAGUUACGAGUCUGGCAGCGUGGGCGGUGUCUUCACUUGCGCCAGCAAUGCACUUUGAUCUAUUCCCGCAGGGCGGAAAGUGCGUUGUCGUCUCGCACUAUGGUUUCUUUUUUCAAUUCUCUCCUGCUACGGUCUCUCCGAGCUGGUCUAGCUGACUGAGGAGAAAUCUAAUGACUUUGAUGAUCGAGAACAAGAAGGUGACUCAAUGCUCGCAAUCUAGUCCUUGGAUUUGCAUGAUUCUUCUGCUCUUUUCUUUCGCUUGACAAAUGUGACUCCUGUUUCGAGGUAAGAACAGUUUAUGUUUUGCAAGUGAAUUGUACCAUUUUAGUUUGAUUCGUUGUGGCCCUGGGUCGUUGGGAUUUUUGCUUUACAUACGUCGUACCAGCAUUCCUUGCACAUACAAAACCCGCAUAUUGAAUUCGGGCGACUGGCAUCGGAGCAGCUAUCUGCGUUGCUUUCCGAGUGAUUAUUUGGCCAUCGUCACAAGCACUUGCUUUACUUCUCUUCGACCUGUUAGAUAUACCGGGUAUAUAUACCUGCGAGGUAGGCUCCUAUUCCAAUCCUAUGAAAAUCGUAGCUUCCCCGAGGAGUUGCGCGUACCCAAUGGGGAAAGCAGCUCGUCU